AGAUUCACCAUACACCAUCAACCAUCAAACACCAUACACUACUAUGCUAAUGCUACGCACACCAAUAGCAUAAACGUUUGCUUGCACACAGUUGUGAAAUUGAUUAACGCUAAUAUAGAAAGAUUCCGACCACCAUGUCAAUCAAUUGUUGCUCUCCCUUCUACUUAUAGGUGUGAACAGAGAUGCGACCAGCCAUCUUACUCGGCCGGUUCUGCGUUCGCCGAUAUUUCUUUCAUGCUCCCAAGACUGCUACGAAUCUUAGGCAAUUGCACACGACUUUUCGAUCCCGGCUUCUCGGUCCUUCACCAUGGCGCAGCUCCCAAAACAGGGGUAGGGGGAGGGUAUUGAGUGCUACAGCUCACGCAGCUCUCGGGACCGCCGCGUUUGUCAAGCUAUCCGAAAAGGAUGACAAGGAUACGGAACACACGGCCGAAGAUCGCAUGCUAAAGGUAUCGCGAGAGGAACUGAAGAAGAUCGUCGAUAGCGAUGCAGGAUUUCUCAACCGUUUCGGUCAUAAAAUAAUCAUCUUCCUGGACCUCUACUUUUGGGAGCCCCUUUGCACUGGAGUGAGAUUUGUCGAAUUAGUCUUCAUAUUCAUACCAGUCAUAUUGGCUGUCCCAUCCAUAUGGCUUGGGUCCCGCCAGCCUGGUCGCAACAAUGAGAGAACGGGCACAUUGUGGUGGUAUUAUUUCCUGGUAAAGUCUAUGGAGGCGGCCGGCCCGGCAUUUAUCAAGCUUGGUCAAUGGGCCGCUUCGAGGACUGAUAUUUUCCCUACCGAAAUGUGCGAUAUAAUGUCGAAGCUUCAUUCCAAUGCUCCUGCUCAUUCCUUGGAGGCGACGAUGCGAAUUGUCGGAAAGGCUUUUGACGGUAGAAGAUUUGAAGAUAUUUUCGAAGAAUUUCAUGAAACUCCUUUGGGUGUGGGUGCUAUUGCGCAGGUGUAUAAAGCCAAAUUGAAGCCAGAUCUCGCAGCACCGGGCGAUGUCGAUGUCCUAGACACGCGCAGCAACCUCCGACGGAAUGUUCGUCGAAAAGUAGAUACGGUUCUGAAGAGUGUGCCAAAGCGGGUUCCAUCUUCUUACGUUGCCGUCAAAGUUCUACAUCCAAAAGUUGAACGAACGGUUCGGCGUGAUCUACGCAUCAUGCAUUUCUUCGCCUCGGCUCUAAACCUAAUACCCACUAUCGAAUGGUUAUCUCUACCUGACGAAGUCGCUCAGUUUGGAGAGAUGAUGAGGCUACAGCUUGAUCUUCGUAUUGAAGCUGCUAAUCUAGCCAAGUUUCGAAGAAACUUCAAGGAUCGCACUACAGCGUGGUUUCCGUUCCCAUACCUCGAGUUUACAACUCGAGAAGUACUUAUCGAGGAGUUUGCGCAAGGCAUACCCCUAGCUGACUUCUUAGAAAACGGAGGUGGUGUCUUCCAAAGGGACAUCGCCCAAGAAGGACUCGAUGCUUUCUUACGCAUGUUAUUAAUUGACAACUUUGUUCAUGCUGAUUUACAUCCGGGAAAUAUUAUGGUUCGCUUUUACGAAGCAUACCAACCAGACUUAAGUCUACGCAACACGUCUAAUGGCCACAAACCGCAUCCCGAAGAUCAAUCCGAUGUUACUGAACAAGUGCUUGCACGACUACGUCCAUUCCGCAAGAGAAAAGAUUUUGCCGCUUGGGAGGCAGAAUUGAAAAAGAUCGACCAAGAAGGCUUUAGACCGCAACUAAUAUUCAUCGACACUGGUCUCGUGACAGAAUUGAAUGCAGUAAAUCGCCGCAACUUCUUAGACCUCUUCCGCGCCAUUGCCGAAUUCGACGGAUAUAAAGCCGGCCAUCUCAUGUGCGAACGUUGCCGACAGCCCGACGCCGUCAUUGACGAGGAAGUUUUUGCAUUGAAAAUGCAACACCUCGUCUUGAAUGUGAAAAGUUCCACUCUCGCUCUAGGUAAUGUCAAGAUCGGCGACAUUCUACAACAAGUUCUUGAUAUGGUCCGACAACAUCACGUGAGGUUGGAAGGCGAUUUUGUCAACGUUGUGAUCAGCAUAUUGCUUUUAGAGGGUAUUGGCCGUAGCCUCGAUCCUAAUGUGGACCUUCUAAGUAGUUCGCUGCCAAUCCUUAGACAACUAGGUGCUCAAGGCGGUGCUCAGAUGAUGAAGGGAGGCGAUUUCUCCAUGUUGUUCGUUUGGGCUGGAUUAGAGGCGAGACGGUUCAUGCAAGCUAGCAUCGAAGACGUGGAGAGGUGUGUAAAAUACGAUUUGUUAUCACCGAACAUUUAAUUCAGAGAUACGGUCACGGAUAGACAUAGAAGAAUUGCAUAUGCAAACAUUGAUAGAUGGGAAUGAACUCAGGAGUAAUACCACUCUUCAGGAUAACGUUUUAAUUAUAGAUGAACGUCAACUC